UUUGAGAUAAAACGGAGUCCAAAACCCUCUUUCUUUCUUUUUUUUUCAUUUGUGCGUCUGUUGGCCAUCGUCUCGUCUCGUCUCGUCAAACCAGGGGAAUCUCGUUAACAAGAGAACUCAAAAAAUGGUUAAUGCCAUCAAAGGAGUGUUCAUCACCUGCGAUAUUCCCAUGGCGCAGUUCAUAGUGAACAUGAACAACUCCAUGCCUUCCUCUCAGAAGUUCAUUAUUCAUGUACUCGAUAGUACUCACUUGUUUGUCCAGCCUCAUGUUGAGCAGAUGAUCCGCAGCGCCGUUGCUGAGUUUCGUGAUCAAAACUCUUACGAGAAGCCUUCUUAAAACAAAUAAAAUAUAAUACACCACCUAUCAAAAUGCCUUCCUCUUUUUUUUUUCUUUGUCAGAUUGAAUCAUCUUGUGCAAGAUUAGAUUACUCAUAUGCUUGCUUAUAAUGGUAUGACAUUGUCAAAUAAUCAAGUCUAUUUUCUCUGGGUA